AAACAAAUUAGAGAAAGAAUCUCCACUGGUAACACUGUUUUAUAUUCAGCUAACGUAAAAGUUUCUAUAGAAUAUUUACAUUUACAAAAUUAUUUGUAACGGAUAGUAAAUCGCCUAAAAAAAGCAUAGUAGAACGGACAAUGCACUAAUGUAAAGGCCAGUGUGGCAGUGUAACUUUUGGCCCACAUCUGUCAGAAGUAGAAGGGGCAAACGCGAAGUUGAGAAGAGGAAGAGUAGAAAAGCGCAGCUCUGUCCUGAUUCCGAAAAACGUCUGAAAAUAGCGAAUUCCGGAUUCACCAGAACACAACGACUGGCAACAGAGGGCCCGCAUCCCGCAUGCCACUCCCCGCCGGAUCGCGAGCGCCCGUAAUGGCCACUGAUCCGCACCAGCAGCAGCAACAAAUCCAAAAUAACCAGCAGCAGCAGCAGCGAGUUCUUAAGCAGGAUGGAUACUUAGAUGUGGGCGAGGGGACUGACGGAGGUGGCGGCGUUGGUGGAGUAGGCGGUGGCGCUGGAGGCGGAUCGGGUGGCACUCCCUCCCGUCCGUUUGAGAUGCGCAACGUCGUCUACCAUCCGCAGCUGAAUGUGCUCCUGCUCUUCGGCCAGGGCAACACAGUCAAGGUGCUGGACGCCAACUCCGGAGUGAUUCUGCAAACUUAUCAGCUCGGGACAAAUGGCGACAACAUACAGGGUCGCUAUAUGCCCCUCCAGGACAAGAUCCUAUUUUGGGAUGGCCACAAUCUAGGCCUACGCGGCGACUACAAUGGCGUCCUCUUGCUGGACACCAUUCUACAGGCGCCGAUUGGACAGAACGACGACUACAUCAGGCUCGAGAUUAUACUCUCCGAGGCGAUCAUCUUCCAGAACUGCAUCAGUGAGCUGGAGAGCGAAGGACUAGAGUGUCCCUGCGAUAUCAGCAACGAGCUGACCCAGAAGAUCAACCAGGCGCAGUUGAAUGCCAAAAAGGGCAUAAAAGCACAGAGGUGGAACACUAUCUGCUUGGAGGUGCCCUACUCCAGUUUGAAGCUGGUGGCCAACAAUGUUGUUAUUCUGCUGAAACGGCUGGAGCGCCACAUACCCGUCUUGGCCAUCGCCUCGGCGAUCAACGAGCGACUCACCGACAUGCUGAUGGGCUCGCGAGUGCCCGAAUUCGGCUUCGGCUACAGCAACUUCCAGCGUGUGCUGAUGCACUCUGAGUCGGUGCGCCGCCAGACCUUUGAGAAGUGGCCCCACAUGGACUACAAAUGGGCGCUGCCUGAUCAGAUGGCACAGGCUGGCUUCUACCAUCAGCCAUCCUCCUCGGGGGAGGACCGCGCCAUGUGCUUCACCUGCAACGUGUGCCUCGUUUGCUGGGAGAAGACCGACGAGCCGUGGAGUGAGCACGAGAGGCACUCGCCUCUCUGCCCGUUUGUCAAGGGCGAGUACACCCAAAACGUUCCACUUUCCAUCACCUACGCCACCAAUCCCGCCCUUUCUGCGCCGGGUCUUGGAUUCGAUAUCAUUUCGAACAGUGAUUACGCCAAUGUUUUGUGCACCAGUUGCUCCCAAACCGGGGAACUGAGCGUGUGGAGCAUCGAAAGACAUCUGAAGCUGAUGCACAGCAUCCAUGUGCCCACUCUGCUCAAGGAUGUCUUCGAGGAGAGCUUUGAGUGGGCGCGGGUGACCGCCAUUUGCGUGCUCCCCAACGCCAGGGCCCGCACCAAGGUGAACUAUGUUUACUCUUCGGCGAAUUAUGGAGGACCAUCGGCCGGAAACGUACCUGGUUCUCAUUCGGGCUCCACUGCCGGCUCGGGCGGAAAGUAUGGCAACGUGAACGGCCAGAACAUAACAUCCACUUCCACCCUGCGCGCCGGCGUUGUCGGCUCGAAGAUUGUGCUCGGGGUUAGUGUGCGCCAGAGCAGCGGCGAACUGGCCCUGCGAAUGGUGGUGCUCAACGUGGUGGAGGCGGACCGAUCCAGCACCAGCGAAACCUCGGCCAGUGCGAGCAACGACAGCGGCAGCGUGUCCAGCAUGGGUGGCCAACUAAUGAAAUCCUCGUCUCCGAUGGUAAACGCAACUAACGACACCAAUGCCGCCGUCACCCAGGUCAACAUGGAGUCCAAAGACGACGACAACAAGGCUAUGACACCCUACGAGAAGUUCACAGACGGAUUCGAUAGCAACGGCUUUGUCUCGGCCCUUAUGACCUACAAUAAGAACAACGGGGUUAGCCAGAACACGGAUGAUGCCUCUGCCCUGUACGAUUUCGACCUGUGCACCUUGUCCCAAAUACUAGACCACAAUAUGGAGGACCCGCUUAGCGGUAUGAUGGUGGGAGCGAACACCGUGAAUGUCAGCAAUCUGGGACUGAGCAACGACAUCGAUAAGCUUGUGGAUGAUGCCGAGAUGGCGCACCAGAACAACAACAAUAAUAACAAUAACAACAACGAGGCCAACUCCCUCGGCGGAAACUCAUCGAACAACAACAACAUUAUGAUAAACGGAAGCACCAACGGGAGCAGCAGCAGCGACAAGAUGUCGGCCUCCGAGGAGAUCGACUGCGUGGUGGAGAGCUGGACGAGCGUGAAGAGAAUGAACGCCAUGGAUGGUAGUGCCUCCAGCAGCAGUGCCAAUGGAGUAGCGCACCACUCGUUCCAGGAGAUAAUCGAGAUAGCCGAGAUUCUGCCCACCACCCCUAAGUGCAACCAGUUGCUGGUGAAGCUACUGCGCACCAAGGCUCCGGAAACGGAGGGCAGCAAAAUAAUCAUGGCUACCGUAGCCAAGGAGGAGGAGGAGGAACUGGAGGACCUGGAGCAGCAGCACGACGAAGCCCUGGACACGUACAACAAUGCGGAAGGAAACGUGGCUGCGCAGCUCCUGGUGUUCGACUACGAUGACACCCAGAUCUCCAACGACUACACGCUGGCCAUGACCUUCAGUCGAGCCAAGUGCCCCAAACAGCUAUGCAUCUUGCCGCACUUCAAUCCCUCCACGGAGCACAAGGACACCGGCUCCAUUUGCGUGGUGUGCGCGGAUGGCACCGUGGAGAUAUACUCUCUAGCCGACUUCCAGGGCACCACACUGAUCGAGGAGGAGGGCGAACACUUUGAGUCGGUGGUCUACUGCCGCAACCUGGACCGAUUGUGCUGCUGCUCCCGCCAAGGCGGGCUGUUGUUCUACUCGCUGAGUGAGGGAGAGAACGAUUCCGGUGACGAGCUCCUCGAAAUGGAGGACGACUGCAGCACCACGCUGACCCAAGGCGCGGAUGUAAGUGUCACUGAUGGCGCCCGCAAUGGCGGCGGCGCUGCAGAUCUGAAGGGCAAUCCCUUGGCCGCCAGUGAUUCCAUUAGCGUGGAUGUGGCUAAUGAGGCGGGGUCCACCACGAGCAAUCCCAACGGCGUUCAAACCUCCCCCUCGUCUGCCUCAAUGGCCGGAAACGCCAACUUGCUGGCGUACAAGACCUCAGACCUUACCUUGGAUGACCUCAAAGUCUUCUACGCCCUCACCCAGUUCGACGAAAACCUCACUAUCUACUCGGCCGAGGUUCCCAGUUGCUGGAACGAUCUCGGGCAGGUGCAGAAGCAGCGUAAGCAGUCGCAGAACAUGCGUCAUGGCGGCGACGACUUUACCCGCACAUGGAGAUUACACAAUGAUGCGACCACUUGGGACGAGCACAUCAUUGAGCUGAACCUGGCACAGCCAGUAUCCUUGGGGCACAUCGACCUGAAGUUCACCGUGUUCCAGCAGUGCUCGAAUCCCGCAGCCAUUCAGGUGACCCUGCUCAAGCAGAACACCAAUGGAUUCGGCUACCGCAUGAAGGGGCCCCACGCCAGCUACAAACCCAACGUCAUAGACGACAACAUUGAUCUCUCGUAUAUUGCUAAUGACAAUCCCGUGCUCAGCGAGGAGUAUUUACUGGCCCACAACGCAGAAGUUCUGGCCGGGCCCAUCGAGCUCUCCUCGUGCAUCGACCUGUGCGACCAAGGAGGCACCGCCACACUCACCUCGCCAAAGCUUUUCAAGACCCGGACCCGAAACUUCUUGCUGCACAUCAAGACGGUGUCGGAUCCAUCGAAGGAGGGCCAGAACAAGACGAGGGGUUGCGACUGGUUGCACGAGAUUUCCAUCAGCGUACGGGCCGUGAAGUCCCACAGCCGGAUCAGCAAUGGACGCAUGCAGCGCAUCGCCAUGCUGGAGAGCAACAACCUGCUGGAGCAGCUAUUCCGCAUUGCCUGCGAUCCCUCGUCCAGUCCGUUGAGCAAGAACCUUGCGCUCGAUGUGCUCAAUUGGAUCUGUUUCAUCCGGCUGAACCGCUACCGCUCUCCGAAGUCGGAGCGGUUGAAGGAGCACAUCAACAAGCAGACUGCGGCCGGUAUUCAGGACCUGCUGGCCCAGCAGUUCGAGUGCAUCUCUCUCUGUGAGAAGCACAUUGAACAGCUCCUGCGCAACUGCGUCAUAUACAGCGAGCGGAGCACGGCGCACAAGUGUGUUAAGCUGCUGAUAAUGCUAACAGAGGGCACCACCAACCUUCCCGCGGAGCUGCAGCUUCACACCACCUUGGACAGCAGCUUCAAGGCUGCCAUUGCCAACACCUUCCCUGAGCUGCCCAGGGCUCAGUGUGGAAGUGUGGUGCGCUGGUACAUGAUGCUCACCUGUGCCACCUCCACCGCCGAGUCUCACAAUAGCAUCUCCGAGCAGGCCAUCGCUUUGUUGAAGGAAAUCGCAGGCGAGAUGGACAAGCGCUGGGACCCGUACUGUGCCCUAUUGAGCACCCGGUUCGGACUCUACGGCUACCCCUUCGAGCCGGAGAUCUUUGACUUUGAUUUCCCGAACAUCAAUCGCCAUGGGAGCAGCUCCUCCGUGGCCCUUACGAAUGUGAUUCGCAGCAGUGCCACAAUUUUGCCCGUGACGGGCUUGGACAUCAAGCGGCUGAGCUCAAUAGACGGAGUGGACUUCCGCACGUUCCCGUAUCUCAUCCGGGGCAAGAGCAUAAGCAAUCAACUGCGCGGCUUGCUGGAAGUUGUCCAGCUGCACUUCACGUGUGUGCAAACCUCGGAGGCCACUCGCAUUGAUAACAUAGACAGUGUGGGGGGCAGUGCCGCCGCCAGCGUGGUGAUCGAGGACGUAAUGAUGCUGCCAAAACUGGUUGUGGCCAAGGAGAAGGACGAGGAACUGCUCAACGAUCUGGUCAACGACGUCGAGUGUUUGGUGGAGGAAAUGAAGGAAAAGGAGGCCAAGGUUGACUCCGACACCUUUGGCCUGGUCAACGGCUACAAGGACAAGUCAUUUUCCUCGUUUAUGGAUCUGGAGUACGCCCUCAAGGAAGAGGUUAAGAUCGAGAAGGCUGCCAUUAUGAACAAAAAGAUAUCCAAGUUCCUGCCCACACUCACUCUGUUCGACAGCUACAUCAAGAAGAUCAACGAACAAAUCUCGUUCGAUGACUUCGGCAAGCUGGACGGCUGGGAACUCAAAAACAGUGGCGCCACGAGCAGCAAUUUGGCAGCCUCUGAUACCGCCUCCUUAGGUGCCUUGGACGAAACUCCGCGAGAGCUCCAACAGCAGCAGCAGCCAGAGGCUGCUCCACAAGCCUCGUCGUCCGGCGAGAGUCUCCUGGACGAUGCUACAGAGAGUGAGAAGGUCUUGGAGCUCUUGAGCGCCAAUCCCUGCCCGCCCAUUGCGUGGCACAAGCUUAUCACCCCUCCGCCAAAGCAGAUGAUUGUAAUAGAUCGGAUGCACUCGGGGGCGCGACGGUUUGUGGUCCUGGACUUCGGCCAGCACAUUCUGCUCACAGACUUGGUUAUUCCGGCGUGUGAUGAGCUCACCUCCCUGAACAUCGACAUCUGGUGCUUCGACGAGGAGACGGAUUGCACUCGUCUGGUCCAGGUCAACGACAUCCAAACAAAGACAUUGGUGUUGAGUGACAUACAGCCGCCACCCAUUUGUCGCUACCUCAAGCUGACCAUUAUAGGCAGGAUUGGCAUGUCGUCGACAAAGUGCAAGGUCCCCCUAGGGCGAUUCUUCGGACAUCCCGUUGUUCUGGAGCACGAUGGCUACGGGGACCAGCUGAUGCGAUACAUUAAGCAGCCGACUCAGAGCCUCCAAUCCCAGCUGAAGUCCCUUAACGCUCUCUACGAGGAUGUGCACUGUCGCUACAGCUUGGCCAGCUGCAAGCUCAUGGACCUGCUGGCCCCGAUGCGCAAUAGCGAGCUCUCUAACGUUGCCCAUCUGCAGGCGUUCAUCAACAAGCAGCGGGACGAGGAGCUAAGUGGCUUGGACAACAACAAGGUGGUCACCCUCUAUGAUGAAUGCAUGCUGCUUCAGUAUCAGAUCAAUGUCAUCCGCAAUGUGGUAUUCCGUUUGGAGCGGGCUCUGUCACCGAAUGGUACUCUGCGAGCUCCUCCUACGCCCGGGGACUCUGUCGAGGAGAUUCUGCGCGCCGCUUCGCGAGACAAGCUGCGGGUGCUAAGCCUUAGCUUGGUGGAGGUGCUGCUUCACUUCUCCAUCGAGUGGGGCAUCAAGAACAUCCUGCCGGUCCACCAGAAGUUCAACGCAGCUACUGCAAAGGCCCUGUUCAACUCCUUGGUUGUUUACGGCGACGCCCAGCUGCAGCUGGCCACCUGCUCGCUGCUAGUGAGGAUGUGCUGCUUCCAGCCGUGGUGGGGCGACUUCCUGGCCGACACUUUCUGCAGCCUAUUCUCGGCCCAGAACUGCAAGGCCUUUCCGCAGGAUCGUAUCUUCUUCCUGCUGACCUACCUGGGCCGUCGCAGCAUUGCCAUGGGCGCGUGCCGCUCCAUCGUGAUCGAUGCCGUCCUGAAGACUCUCGUCAAGCUACUGGCCCCCAUAUCGCCGCACUACAAGUUCCAGUCCGAGCAGCCGAGCACAUCGGCCAGUGCUGCAGAACGCGGAGCUGUCAUGGGAGCUACCUCGGACCUACAGCUCAUCACCUGGCUGCUUCUGUUCCUCUCGGUGUGCUUGGACGACAACGACCGGAAGGAUAAAUCGGCCGCUCGCUGGGACUUUAUGAGCUGCGAGAGCGACUUUACCAAGACUAGACCCAACAAUACUCCAAACAGCAAGCAGCUUCGGUGCUUCAAGAAGCGCAUUAUCCAGCAGAACAAGUACUCGGUGCAGCCAUACACGGAUUGGGGCAAAAAGAUCUACAUGAUUCAAAACGAGCACCCCGGUAUUUUCAUGGAGCUCUCCACCAAAUCAAAGGGAACGGGAGCCAGCAAGUCUACCUCCACUGGUGGCAAAGUCAAUAUAGGCUCGUCCGGCUUGUUUGCUUCCGCUGGGAGUUCAGGCUCCAGCAGCGGAUCAAAGGGGCUUGCUUCUGGCGCCACCGCCUCGCCCAAACACCAGGACACUCCGGUGGGCGAAGGCGAACGGGACAGCAACUUUGACAAGGGACUGAAGACCCUGCGCAUGGCCAACAUAAAGGUGGUGAUCCGAGGACUAUUCGCGCUGCUCCUGGAGAUGGACUUUGAUUGCAACAUGGACCAGUUCCUGCUGACCUGCAAGGUCAUUGCCCGGCUCGUGGCCGCCUGCCGACCGUCGGUUCAGCUGUGCAAGAUUGUGACCACAGCCCAGCUGGAGCAACUUAUUCGGCUGUCCGUGUGGAACGACCAGCAGCAACCCUGGGCCGUGCAUGCCAUCACCUGCCUCCUUCAGGAUCUUCUGGAUGCCGACAAGCAGUUCAGGGAUAGCGAUGCCACGCCCACAAACGAUGGGCAACGGACCAUGGAGGCAGCCGUGCAGGAGACUCGAGAUCUAUUCAGCGACUACACGUCAACUGCUUCCUCGUGCUCCGAGGCACAAUUUGAGAUGCUGAUGCCGACAGCAAGAGAGUUUUAUCAAGAGGCCGUUAAAUACAACUACUUGCCGUCGCUGAUCGAGUGUGACGACACGGAGUUUGACGAGAUGCUCAACGACAUCGACAUGAUAGAGCGCACCAAGCCAGUGACCAAGAAGGAGAGCAACGCGCUCUGCAAGAACACCUUCAACUUCUUCUGCAAGUCCAUUUCCAUAGCUCUAGAUUCCCGCUUGGACGCCGGUCUGGAGCUACACGUCGAGACGCAGCUGAGGCGGCUGACGAACCGAACCUCCCUGGACCUCUACUCCUCGCUGCCGCAGGUGCUGACCAACGAGUUCGUUUCCCCGCCGCCGGAGGCUGCGCCCUGGCCGGAAUACCUCACCCAAUUGUGGUCGGGAACGGAGUACAACGGCCGCAACACGUAUGUGAUGUUCAAAACGGUCUUCGACUCCAUUCUGGCGGACCUGCACUAUGAAGAUACGUGGGUCCACCUCGAGCAAGUACUCCAGAUGUGGCUCACUCUGAACUGCGAACUGUCGGACAAGCCGUAUUCCAACGGGAUUACCCACACGGAUGUGCCCAAGAUUCCAUUUGGCGCCAAUGCAGUUCAGGGCCUGUUGUUGGCCUUGGCCUGGCACAACGACAUCAAGCUGCGCACAUGGUGUCUGGGAUUCCAGUGCUUGUUCCUGGCCUGCAACUCCCAGCCCAUUGGGGAGGAUGUGGACAGUACCAGGAUCAAUGAAGUUAUAGUAAACGAUGAGAACUUUGAGAAGAUGCUGCUGCGCUUCUUCUCGGGCUACGGCAUGAGCUCGUCCAUCAUCACCAAUCGCUGCGCUGGCCCUACCAUCUGCAAGCACUUGCACGAGCUGCUUCUGUGGCUGCAUAGCAAGAGCGAAACCAGUGGCCUUCCCUGCAAGCGUCGGCUGAAGGACAUCCUGCUGCACGUGGUGUUGCAGCUGGUGCAGCCUGGUGGCGCCAUUAGCAACCAGCAAGGACCCAUUGAUGCCCAGAACCAGCUGGUGCGCGACGUGCUUCUGAUGCCCAAUGACAAGGGUGACCUCAACAUAGCCCUGAAGAUUAUCGAGAGUGUUUCCUUCCUGGUCUACAACAACAUAUCCAAUGGCGAGAAGCUGCAGUGCCAGCGGGCCAACGAGAACAACAAUAUUGGCAACAACUUCAGCAACUUGUUCGCCAACGUGCUGGGCUCGGAGAACCCCACCAAGCAAAACGCCACCAUUUGCGACAAUUCGUUGAUUAUAAAUCUGAUGAAACUGUGCGGCCACAUGGUGCUAACGGAGAUGCCCAGGCAACCUAGCGAGGUCACCAUUCCCGAGGAGGAGGAGCUGUCCAACCAAAGCCAGACUGACGAAACUAAAGCCGAGCAGCUCAACACUGAGGGGCACCGCAGCAAAGUGCCGUGCAUAGCCGAUUGGGUGCUGCGACAUUUCCCCACCAUGAAGCGUCUCUUUGGCACGCUCUCCCAGUGUUCCACAAACACCUUUACGAUGUCAUCGGGAUGCUUCUUUUCCCUGAAGUCCAGCGUGGUCCUGGAUGACCCACAGACCAUCGCGGACAGUGUGUUUAGCCUGAUGCUGACCUUGAGCGACAAGGCUUCCAACCCGCGGUUGGUGGUGGCGCCUAUCUGUCAAUACCUGGAAGAGACUACCAUCCAACGGAAUGCCUCCUUGCCGCGGCUGCCUCUGUCGGAGCCCUUCCUUUGGUAUGUUUCCAAGAUUCUGGAAGUCACGGCAGCCGUGCAAACUUUCACCCAACUGGGAGGCAUCAUGAUUAUCUGCCACAACUUGGUGCGGCUCAACAAGACAAUCAUCAACAUGCAGCCGGGAUUGAUCUCCAUGAUCAUGCAACACAUGACGCGCAACACACGCCUGAAACUGAACACACACGUAGCCGCAAGCAAUGCCUGCAAAAAGUCUACCACUCCAGGGGGCACCACUGUGGCUGCGGCAGCCCAGCCUCCGAGGAGCGGGGCCCAGUACGAUGGGCUGAUUAACUUUGCACCCUUCUCCCACAUCGUAUCCGAGAACGAUGCUGCCCAGAGUGCCGAGGUGCUCAUCUCCAAUCCCAACACCACCCACCGGCGACCCCGAUCACCAGCCUGGAGCUACAUGUUCUACCCCAACGAGACACACGUGGAUCUUACCAUAACACUGCCCACUGCGAUCCUCUUGAAGGAGGUGCAACUGGUGCCGCACACCUCUAGUUUGGCAUCCUGUCCAUCAGCAGUGGCACUGGAACUGUCUAGGGACUACGGCGUUGGCUCCAUCCCAGUGGGGGCGCCUAUGGCUACCACGGGACUGACCUGUAUUCGGCUGAAGCUGGCAAAGGCGGAGGUGGCUACAAGCAUAGUCCUCCGGUUGUACAAGCCCAAGGACUGUGGAAAUGUCGGCCUGGUGCAGAUCGCUGUGCUCGGGCAGACGAUCUUUGGUAAUCGCAUGCAGGGUCUGCGGUCCCAGGGUCCCUUCAUGGACUCGCUCGCUUCCUGUUCCACGCCUCUGCCCUCGGCUGCCCUGGCAGCUAUAGAUGCGGACAUCUUGCCGGACGACGAUGCUUUUGCCAAGACCAGCAUCGGCUGGGUGCGCAUCCUGUCGCGCUGUUUCCAUGUGGCCGCCCUGCAACCGGACAGUAAGCUCUCGGACCUGAUCGCCGCCUAUCCAGCCUCUUACCCAGGGUUCCUGGAGGCCUGCUGUUCGCUUCUGAACAUCAUGCCGAUGAUCCCGAGUCUCGCACAGCAACACCUCGAGACUAUUCUGCUCAAGCUGGGCGCCUACAACCACGAGCUCAGUCUGCAGCUGCUACGAACACUUCUGUGGCACACCACGCCCCAAGUUUUUAAGCUCUCCAGUGACGCGGUUUGUGAUUUAAUUCAUGAAGUGGUCACCGGUUCGGCGGAACACCUGGUGGACAAGCUCCGUGUGCUCAUAGACUGGGUAAUGCAGCUGCACGACAACUACUCCAAGCAGGCGCGGUGCAACAACCCGCAGAGUGGUUUCGUUAAGGUCAUUGCGUCGAUCCUGUGGCGAGUUCACGCCCAGCAGCAGUUGACUGAGCUGCCGCUGCUCAUAUCAUCCUCGCUGUUCGAGACCUGCUUCGAUUGGGUCUCGAGCCUGGAGCACGAUGAGCCCCUAAAGAGCAGCUUUGAUUCCCUGCUCUGUGCCUUGUGCUACAUAAAGCCGGAGCUGUUUAAUCAGCUCUUGGUGAAACUGGGGGUGAAGCUGGAGCCGCCGGCGCGAGGACAAACAGACGACAGCAAAGUGCAGAGCGGCAGCGCCUGGUUCCGCCGGGAGGGCGGUGAAAAUCUCACAGUUCUCCUGCAGCGUCCCACAUUCCUUAAGACCCUGGCUCUGGCCUGCCAAUCUCCAGCAGCCGUCUACCAGAUGUUGGACUCCGGCCUACCAAAACUACUGGCCCACGCGAUCUUCGAGUACUGCACCCAUCUAUUGCCGGGAUCCGAGCAAGGAAACGCUGCAGCUGCUGCGACAGGAGAGCAAGCCGGUUCGUCAGCAGCUGGUGAACAGGAUUCCUCGCUGACUGACUUUGACAAGGCCGAGGCGAGCGCCAGUCAUAGUGCUCCGCUGCUAAGCAGCGCAAAUGUACCAAAAGUCCUUGACUUCUUCGCGGAAUGCUGUGCCGAAGGGCCCAUGCGCGAUUGGCUGGGCACGAUGCAGGGCUCGGUGUUUUGGAAACCUCUACUGCAGCUGCUGUGCAAUACCCACGCCGCCCAGUUCAGUAAAACCCUGCCGAUGCAACAGACUUUCAUACGCCUGGAACGGGCCACCAUAAACUUCUUUACCAGAGUGAGCGCCUGCCACCCCGGCAACCAGGAGGUUUUGACCGCCUUGCUGAUUGGGGCCAUCAUUUGCAAGCCCCUGCGCUCCCCGCAGGGAGUUCGACCCACCAUCUCGGGCUUCACCCGGCAGUUGGUGCUCCAGCUGCUUCUUGAGAACGAGCACAUCAAUGUGUCGGUGAGGAGCAUGCAGCCGCUACAGCGUCGGGACACCCUCUCCGCCAUCAUGGGUGGUGCCUCGGGUACGGGCGGUGCCAGCACCAGCUUACCCGUAGCAGCGGUUAACAACCACCCCGCGAAGCGGAGCAGCGCCCACCACAUGCUCUUCACAGUGAACACCAACACCACAUGCCAGGAGAUUGUGCAGAAUUGCGUGAGCGUGUUUAGUAACUUAGUUUACCAACAACCAACAGAUCAAAGGACUGGGGAGCCGACUAGCUCUUCCACCUCGGCCUCGAGCAUUGGCCAUCCCAGCGGAAGUGCCGCCAAAGCCUCAGAUGGCAAGCUUGACAAGAACAGCUUCAUAAACUUCAACAGCUUGGAGGCGGGAAGCAUGGAGUUCCUAACCGUGGGAGCCGCUGUGGCGGCUAAGGACAAGCGAAUCAAGGAUGCCAAAAACCAGGCGGCGGUCAACAAGGACAAGGAGACGCAGACCAAUGGCUUGAACCUGGCGUCCAAUAUUUUCAACGUGGAAGAGUUCCUCCUGCAAACGGCCAACGCUGCCAACGGGAACCAGCUGGUGGUACCUGAAUAUCCGGAUAUACUGCUAGCUGGGGAUGCCACCAUUUCACAGGUUUUGGCCACCUUACAAGAUGCAGGACAUUCCCUGUCCACGCCAUGCAUCACGUUCGACCUGGUCCCCCAACAGAGGGGAACAGAUGAAGCCUGCGAUGCCAAGAAAACCAAAGCCGCCUGCACGGAACCCUUGCCAUCUCCCCUGCAACGAUUCUCGAGCAGCGGUGGUCUCUCUCUGCUAGCUCAUUAUCUGCCCACCGUUUACCCGGAGCAUUCCGGCCGCAAGACAACCUCGGUCGCCAGCGAGAAGGAGAAGAGCCCGCCGCUCUCGGACUGGGUCAAGUUGGAGCCCAACGAUGAGAUUUACGAGGACUUGGAGGACACCAUUUGCGAACCGGCGGCCAAGCAGACAACUGUGAGCUCGGUGCCGCAGCAUUCGCUAGCCGCCUUUGGACUCUUCUUGCGCCUGCCUGCCUACUCGGACGUCCUUCUCAGGGACAAGCUGCGAGCACAGUGCCUGCUUCGGCUGGUUCUGGGGGUUACUGGGGACGGUGAAGGAAACGACAUUUACAGUUUGUCCCUAGCGCCCUCCCUGCCGACUCUGCCCUUCGAGGUCUUCCGACAACUCCUGGACAGUGUCCCGCUCUCUACGGACGACGGAGUUCUGCUUCGACGCGUCGUUAUCGAGGUGGGUGCCAUGCACCUGGUGCUUAACUGCCUGGGUAUUUUCUCGCACCAAUCGCACAAUAGCCGGAUCGGAGCCCCGACCUCGAACUCGGUGGAUCCCUCCCCCAGUGGAGGAAGUAGUGGAAGUAGUGGCAAUGGGAAUGGCAACGGAAAACCCUGUGCAGCUGCGGAUGAGGCUACGCCCAGUGCCACUUCCGAUGACAAGAGUCACAUGUACUGGGCCAAGGGAACGGGCUUUGGAACCGGAUCCACCACCCAGUCGUGGAAUGUGGAGCAGGCCUUGCUGCGUCAGAAGAGCGAGGAGGAGCACGUAACCGUGUUGCUGCUGGUUUUGGCCAGCUACAUCAAUCCGGGCGACUGCAUCCCCAGCGACAUGUGCGGUAACGACAUUUUGGCGUACCACGAUGUCCGCGAUGUGACGGGCGAACUGCCGCCCAUCUUCCAAACCCUUCUGCACCAGUCUUGCUUGAUUCCCGCCCUGAGCUCGUACCUGCGCAAUGAUUCUGUGCUCGACAUCACGCGCCACAUUCCGCUCUACCGUGCCAUUUUAAAGUUGCUCAGAGCUCUUUCUCUGUCCAAGAUGCUGGUCUCGUUGCUCCAGCCGUCGGUCAGUGGCAGUGGAGACAGCACCCCUCCCAUUUCCGAGCUGCUCACCAAUAUGAAGACCUGCGUAGACACCUACGCUAAGAGGCUGAAAGUCAACAAAAAGUCCAACAUCAAAGGGCAAACUCAUCAGUUGACCUUCAAUAUCGACGAUGGCGACGACGAGGGGUUGGCCCUGCUCAUUCCGGACAUUCACGAGACAGCCGUGCUCGUCCAGAGGACCACGGACGCCGAUGCGUUGGUCAACAAACUGCACUCGAACGAGGACGGCGGUGGUCAGGUGGAGCGUCCGCUUAGCAAGUCCAUCGAGCAACGCUACCUUGAGCUGAUGAAGAAACGCCAGUUCGACACAUACGACAUGAUUGUGGAGUCGGACAACAACAGCUUCCGCUUUGUGGUAGCGCACCACUUUGAGAAAAUGGUCAGACUAGCCGGCGACCGGUAUCAUCCAUCGAGGGUGAAGCGACUGGCCCAGGAGGCGGUGACCUUGUCCACUAGUUUGCCCCUAAGUUUUAGCAGUUCUGUAUUUGUGCGCUGUGAUACUGACAGAUUGGACAUCAUGAAGGUACUCAUCACCGGACCGGCGGACACGCCAUAUGCCAACGGUUGUUUUGAGUUUGAUGUCUUCUUUCCCCCGGACUAUCCCAACCUUCCGAUGCUCAUCAAUUUGGAGACUACGGGCCGGCACUCGGUGCGCUUCAAUCCUAACCUCUACAAUGACGGAAAAGUAUGCCUCUCGGUGUUGAACACCUGGCACGGCCGACCCGAGGAGAAGUGGAACGCUCAGACCUCCAGCUUCCUCCAGGUGCUGGUUUCUAUUCAGUCGCUCAUCCUAGUUCCGGAGCCGUAUUUCAAUGAGCCUGGAUUUGAGCGCAGCCGCGGCACUCCCAGUGGCACUAACUCAUCCAGGGAGUACAAUAGCAACAUAUACCAGGCCUGCGUGCGCUGGGCGAUGCUGGAACAGAUCCGCAACCCCAGUCCCUGCUUCAGAGAUGUCAUUCACAAGCACUUUUGGCUAAAGCGCGAGGAGAUCUGCCAGCAAAUCGAGGGCUGGAUUGAGGAGCUCAGCAAGCCUCAGUACACAGAACGGGCCAGUCGCACCAUAUCCUUCAACUCGAUGGUGCUUCGACGCCACUAUCGCCAUCUGCGCGAAGAACUGGCCAAGCUGAAACCGCCACGUGGCUUGGAGGACUUGGAUGCACCCUUUAAUCCAGUGGCCACACUACCUCUCAUUGAUGUUUCUGCAGCGCCGGUAGCUGCUAGUGGGACGACCAAUGCCCAGGUGGGAACUGAUGAUACAAUUGUGCCGGGACUAAACCUAACCGACAACGAGGCCGAUGGAGAAGGAGACGGGGAUGCAGAUGCGGAUCCCGAGGAUGUCGGGACACCCACAUACUUCAAGGAGUUCCCCAAGGAGGAGGAAGCGCUGUCAGAGGUGGUGGAAAUUCUCAGUGAUACUGAGAACGAGAGCACUGUGUGGCAGGAAAAAGAGGAAGAGGAGGAGGAGGAGGAGUCGCCGUGAAUUGGGCUUGGCUGCUGAAGAGAGAUGAAUGUGAUUCUGAUGCAUCUUAAAUGCCCCAUAUAAUUUUAUUUUUACGAUGCUACCAGAGGAGUGGAGUUCGAUGCGUUUCGUUUUACCGCCUUUAAGUGUUUUAAUUUUUGUAAGAGAGAGACUGGAACAGAACUUGGUGUGCUUUACUUAAAUUGAAAAAUCAUAAUAUUCUUAAUGCUAAAUUAAAAAAAAAAAAAAAGAAAUUGCUCGUGCAGGCAUACUGAGAUGCCUAAACUAAAAACAGCGAAUAUGCACUGUCAGAAACUACUUUCCAUUCAAAAUGAAUAUCCCACAACUCCAUACAUAUAUGUAUGAUUAUUGUAUCGAACUUUUUAUAAAUGCUUAUAUAAACGAAAUCGAUCGAUUUCUACAAGAAAUAUAACCCCGUGUGUGAAUAGAAUAGGCAUGCAUUAUGCGAGUCAUUUGAAUAUAUCACAACUACAAAAAACAGUAACGAAACAGAAAACAAAAACCACCAAAACCAAAUUAAUGUGUAUUAAAACUAUGAAUGUACGUAGUAAUUUAGUUAAAUAUUUACAGCAAAAUGUGAGUGCAGUUACUUUUUCAUUUGAAAUAAAAACGAGAAAUAUAUUGUUUCCUCCAAAAUCAUAAAAUACAA